AUGCCAGACUUUACCGAUGAGAUCGCAUCUAUCAUCGACAGCGUCCCCAACACAGAAAUGUAUCCCUGCGUCUUCUUUGACCUGACAUUGAGCUUUUCCAACAAAGUGUAUGAAGAGUAUGGUACAGAAUAUGAGAGGAAUAGGCCCAUCUCAAGUCUGACCCGAUCCGAGCUCUUACAAAUUGGCCGAUCUUGCAACCCCCGUGUCCUUCGGCGGUUUGGUGCUAUCCUGACCAGGUUGACUGUUGUAGCAUCGGCGCGUGAGAUUCCCGAUCACAUCUCCAGUACUAGUGCCGACCAGGUGGCCAAGAUUCCAUUGGUAUUGGCAACGGAAAAAUACAAUAAACAGUUCUGGAAAGUCCUUCUCCAUACCAUUGAGCCCGGAACGAAGCUGUCGGCUCGAUCUACUGCCCUUCUUGCUGCUCUCAGUCUACGGAUGGGGAUUGUGCCACUCAUGAAAGUAGCACAGGGGAUGCUUGCAUUCAAAGAUAACUGGAACGACCCUGCAACACCUCAGACUUGGAAUAAAGAAUGCUUGACGCUCCUACUUCACGCUGAUGAAGCGCACCAGAAGCAGCAAGAUAUGGGUUUGACUAAGAAUCAGUCCCGGAUCUUGAAUCCCACCGACAGAACACUGUUUGAGCGUCUGGUUACUUGCAAACAUUUAGAACAUCAGAUCGAUAAUCGACUACCAGCUCGAGUGCCUCGGAUUGCGGAGAAAGCAAUCGCAUCAGUCGGACCACUAGUGACAUGUCGAGAUUGUCAGUAUCCCAGAUCCGUCACCAUAAUGGGCGCCGAUGGAAAAUGCGGUCCUUGCCUCAGCGAGUAUGUCGACGAGAAGACGAAGGAAAUCUGCAUCAAUAGAGGAGUCUCGAAGGACGUGACUACCAGUUCUAAAGUCACCUGGGUCGAAUGUAUCUCUAAAUGCUGCCGCGCCCAAUACGUUAUCUAUCGCCCUGAUGUGCUGGUUCAUCCCGCGGAAUGCCAUUACUGUCGAAGCCAAAGGUCUCCUGCCCCAACCGUCCAGUGUGACAAGUGCUCGAAUCGCAUGAUCUGGCCCGGAGAAUACAGGACUUCGGCAUUCAAAGAGUCGGACUUCAUCUGCCCCCUCUGCACCUCAGGCUGUGACCCAACAACAAAGCUCGAAGUGACGCUAUCUGAGAUAUCCACCGAGAACACAUUCCCUUGGCUAGUUCAAGAUACAAAUGACCCGAAACUAUGCCUCCGGAACGGCUCUAUCCUCCACAUCCGUAGUGAAUCUAUCUUCCAAAUCAUUACUAGAAUGGGCAGCGAGGGAUUCCUUUCCAGAAUCAGUAUUUUCCCUUCAUCUGAGCCCCAGCUACGCUACGACGGAAAGCCCAUUCACAACUCCAAAGAGCUAAUCUCAACCCUCCAAAAGCUCGUCAAAGAUCGCAAAACAAGCGACAAAGAAUGUUCCCUGUGCUUCAGCAGAUACAUGGACGGACUACACCCAGCAUGUGGACGCGAUGGCUGCCUCCAGAAAAUGUGCACCACCUGCCUGGUAGAAUGGUACAGACACAACUCUCCAGGCUGUGUGAUCAACACUGCAGUGCUAGGAUGUCCAUUCUGUCGCCGAUACCCCACCCUUCGCCUUGUGGUGAAAUAUGGGUUGGGUAUUCAUGGAGUCAAAGAUCUCGCUAAAGCAGUCCGAGACAAUGGGAAGUUCAUUUACGCAUGGUGCUGGGAAUGUGAUACUGCCAAGGUGGCGAUGAAGCGGAGCUGUAUGCUUGGAGAACCUCUUGAAUUGAAGGAUUGGGCUUGUCGUCAGUGUCACAAGGAGAUAUGGAGUGGAAAGAGAGGGUGUCGGAGAAGGCAGCGUCGAAAUGGAAGAUAUAUAUGA